CGUCGUCUCUGCAAAAGUCUCUUUCGCCGGAGAUAAUGGGAGAAGGGAAGGCCUCGACUCUGGUAUUUAUCCUCGUCGUCGCUCUUAGUUUAGUUGCAUUCGGGUUCUCUAUCGCCGCCGAGCGCCGCCGUAGCAUCGGGAAAUCUAUACAAGACCCAAUAACAAACACAACGUUCUGCGUUUACGACUCUGAUGUAGCCACUGGUUAUGGAGUUGGAGCUUUCCUUUUCCUUCUCUCAAGUGAAUCAUUGCUUAUGGGUGUUACCAAAUGCAUGUGUUUUGGAAGACCUUUAGCUCCUGGAAGUGACCGUGCUUGGUCUAUUAUCUAUUUCAUCUCUUCUUGGAUGACAUUUCUGGUAGCAGAAGCUUGUGUAAUAGCAGGAGCCACGAAGAACGCAUACCACACAAAGUACUUGAGCUCGCAAACCUUUUCGUGUGCAUCAUUGCGGAAAGGAAUUUUCAUUGCAGGAGCAGUGUUUAUUGUUGCUACUAUGGUCCUUAAUGUCUACUACUACAUGUAUUUUACCAAGUCUGUCUCUUCGCCGCCUGCUCACAAAGCAAACCGCUCUGGUUCCAAUAUCGGUAUGGCUGGUUAUGCAUAAACGUUAUAAAAAGGAAAUGGUUAGUCAUUUGCAUUGUAGAUGUAAGAAAGAAAAGAGAUUGUUGCAU